GUCUCGUGCUCUGGCCUCCGCGACUCGAGGAAUGCAGAACCUGUUCCAGUUGGAGGACACUCUGUACAAGGUGCGAGUCCUACUGCGCGAACUUCUUGAUCAUGCAGGAGUGGCGCUUUGCGACUGUAUGAAUGCGUUCGCCACACCUUUCGCAUCACAUAGGCAUGCUCCCAUUGAUUGGCUGCAGUGUGCCGUCCGCGCGGGGAGGUUUGAAGACCCACGCUCACCACGCUCCCGCGAGCAGCAGGAGGAAUGGGCAAGGGGUGCGUCCGCAGAGAAGCAUAUUCGGCUCGUUCGGAAGAUGAAGGCGCCCGUUUUUAUUGACUCGCCGAAGACGACCUUCACUUCACAGGCACGCGCUGGCGGCUUCCUUCUCUGCGUACGAGUUGCCAACCUGGAGGCUUUCGGCUUUCGGCUUGGGGUUCGGGCUUUGACUGGUCCCUGCGUCAGGAGUCUUUGGCCUGUGAUGGUGCUGGCCAGCCUGGGGCCAGUGAACUUGCACCUUAGUUGCGUUGAGAUCUGCAAAGGCUUGCAGACCGACUCGACGUCGCGUCUGUUCUGGGUUGUGGCUCCGAAGGAGCCGUUGACCUUCCGACACCUGGAAGCUCGAGAGCAGCACAGCCUGGAGGAUCCACCGGCGGCGCACCCUCGCAGGCGCCCAGCAGGCAGACGUCAGAAGGCGCAAGUGCCCGCAGCACUGAUUCGCUGGGCCUCAGCGGCGGUCCCGGAGCAGCCAUCCAGCAUCAAUCUUGUCCAGCCGUCCGGUGACAAGUGGAUGCCGCAUGAGAUGCCGCUCCGUGCCGUGAGUUUGUCGUCCAGCAGAAGUUUGCCGGAAGCUCUUGCAGAGAUGAAGCUGAUGCUCCAGAGUUUCAUGAGGAACUGUGUGAUGCCCGCCUCACUGCCAGACCUGCUGGUCUAG